AUGAACCACUGGAUUAAAUUCAACGCUUCAACGCAGGCCCCGUUUAUGGCAGAUUUGCCAGCGGACCGAGUCACGGCGGCUCGUGCCUUUUCAGGAGUAGCAACCGAUUUUGCCGGUCCCUACUGGGUCAAAAGUAGUCACCUCAGAAAUGCUAAAUCACUCAAAGCUUAUCUGUGUGUUUUCGUAUGUUUAGGAACGAAAGCCGUACAUCUUGAACUCGUCUCGUCGCUGAGCACCGAGGCCUUCAUUGCGGCGUUCACACGGUUUGUCAGUCGACGAGGGCUGCCCGCCUUAGUCAGGAGCGAUCAAGGUACAAAUUUCAAAGGUGCUAGCUCAUACCUCAAGGAGGUUAGUCAGUUCUUACUUGACAACGAAAUUGUCCUCCAGGAGGAAUUUCGUCGCCAAGGUGUCCGCUGGGAGUUCAAUCCUCCUGGUGCCCCUCACAUGUCAGGCUUGGUAGAAGCCGCAGUCAAGAGUAGUAAGAACCUACUCAAGCAUUUAUUUCGUACUCUUUGGACUCGGCAAGACGCCGCAUAUGACGCGUAUUCUAAUGGUCAAAUAGUUAGUGACGCCCAAUAUGCCAAUGAUUUAAUGAAGGAGGUCAAGAAGAAGAAGAAGAAGGGUUAA